AUGAAAUUCCCCAGAGUCGCGUUUCGCUCUCGGCCUAUGCAAAGAAUCAUUCAACGGCCGUUUAAUAACUGUCUUCACGUCCACCUAUCACUUUCUAGACAUCUGUCGAGCCAUUCCAGCUUGGCCGUGGAUGAAGCGGCGCCGCGGCGCUUUGAGUAUCAGUACCACUGGAUUGACGACGUCGAGUCUCUUGAAAAGUAUGUUCCAGGCGGCUAUCAUCCAGUCAUGAUUGGAGACAUGAUCAAAAGACGAUACGAAAUCGUGGGUAAGCUCGGCUAUGGGGGAUUUUCGACCGUCUGGCUCGCACGCGACGCUCAGCAAGGGACAUGUGUCGCUCUCAAAAUUGGCGCCGCGGACUCCAGACUGCACGAGACAAAUAUGAUCAAGGUGCUUUCAGAUGCCAAAUCCAACGUUUCGAACACCGCCGUUGCUGCAUCAGGAGCGGCCGCGAUGCCUGCGCUCCUCGAUGAAUUUACUGUGGAUGGCCCCAACGGUACGCAUCCCUGCUACACCACUGCUGUGGCGGAAUGCAAUAUUAGAGAUUGCCUUUCCUUCAAAAUGUUCAGGUUGGAUGUGGCGAGAGCUUUGGCACUCAAGCUCGUGUCAGCCGUUGCAUUCAUGCACAGUCAGGGCCAUGUUCAUGGUGACAUUCAUCUUGGAAACGCAAUGCUCAAGUUAAACUCUGGCUUGGAAAAGUUAUCUGUUGAGCAACUCUACGAAAAGUACGGACGUCCAGAGACAGUUGAUAUAUACAGGGUUGAUGACAGCGCCUUGCCACCUAGUGUUCCUGCAAGAGCAGUUCGGCCUCUCCAUUUGGGCAGGGCGGCUUCUGAGAUAUCAUUAAAGGAAACCAACUUGCUUCUCAUUGACUUUGGCGAAUCCUUUGCGCCAGCAGAAACCCCGCGUGAAUGCGGGGACUGCCGUUCCUAUUUGGCCGCGCGUCCCCCAGAAUGGCGAUUCGAACCAUCAUCGCCAUUUUCCUUCCCUGUCGAUAUUUGGUGUCUCGGAAUUGCGCUCUGGGAUCUUAUCGCGAGGAGAGCUCUUUUUAAUGACCAGUUUGUGCCGCGAGACUCUGUGGUUGCGCAGCACAAGGAUAUACUUGGGCAAAUGCCGCCGCAGUGGUGGAAGAAGUGGGAGAAGCGACUCGAGUAUUUUGACGCAGAGGGCAAUUCCACUCGAGGAAAUGACACCCCUCCUCCGCUAAGCGAAGCAUUUGAUGCUUGGGCGCAGAAAUACAGGGCAAAGUACAAGGUUGGCGUGUUACCGGAAGAUGAAAAGGCUGCGUUUCUAUCCUUGCUGAGUCAGAUGCUUUCUUUGGAUCCGCGAGACCGACCCUCGGCGAAAGAAGUGCUGGCGUCAGACCUAUCUGAUCCAUCUGAAGCUCAAACUGAACAGGGUAAACGCGCUCGUGCGGACGAUGACGGCGGUGGCGACUGCGAUGCCGAAAGAGACACAAAGCGGAUAACGGAAGCACCAAGAAAAAUACGGCGGAUUGCGGCGGAUUCGGCAGAUGGGCCCAACAAUCGCCAAACGGCGAUUGCAUCGGAGAAGAGAGUUGAUAAGCUGGUGAUCUUACGGUUGCGAGAAUCAGUGGUGCUGUCGAAGCAAGCCGCGGUCAAGGGAUGGAUGGAGGUCAAUGGUCUACGCCCGAUAAGUGCAUACAAAAACGGGAGGCCAAGAGGGGACGUGAGACUAGCAGAGGAAGGAGAAUGGUUGUGGAGUGUGCGGGCGAAGGGUCGGCACAGAGCGGUGGUGGAGGUUGGGGGGAUCUUUGAGGCGAAGGGGAAGGGUUACGUGGGAUACCUGCGGAUGGAUAGGGUGCCGCGGAGGAUCGUCGAGAAAGAGGUCAAAGGCAGUGAGGAGGAUGCAGAAGACCGGACUUACCUUGGUUGGGUGGUUCUGGGGCUACGUCAGCUGGAAGAGAAGAAGCGAGAGCGGCGAGAGCGAGAGAAGCAAGCGUUGAGCAAGGGAGAGGAGACGACGGACGCGGUAAAGCGGGAGCGGGAGAGUGAGGGUGAAGUGUACCUGCUGGUGGUGCCGCGAGGGAAGGUUUCUGUGAUUCGACUGUAUACCGGGCGUGUGUCGAGGAGGGUGUUGUUUGAUCAUGGUAAAGGGGACAGGGUUGGAUUACUGCGGCAGGCCCUUACAGCUCGCGACCCUAACCCUACACUAUCCGGAGAAGAAGGGCUCAGUGGAGUUACCCUGAGUUACGAGCAGAUCGAUUUAAGAAAGCCGAGUGCAGCAACCCUCUUCCGAGAGUUUUUCCUAAAGCAUGGGCUUUUGGCUGGCUCUACCGGCUGA